AUGACUACACAUCAUAUUCGUUUAGUAUUUGAUUUAAUCGGAGAUUUAUUUCCUGAUGGAACAUCAAAAGAAGUUGCUUCAUAUCUCAAUCGUAAAGGUCCAUUAUCAUUUGCUCUUCUUGUUCGUGAUCUUAAAAUUCCAGCAGUUAAUAUUGCACGAUCUCUAGCAACUUUAGCUAUACAUGAUAUAAUAGAAUGUCAUGGAGGUACUGGUUCAGAUUCUAAACGUAUUUUAUAUGCCUUUAAUCUCAAACGAACAUUAUAUAUUUUACAUUAUUCAAAAUGUAUACAUUGUGCUAGACAAUUAUAUGGUUUUGAUGGUGAAUUAAUUAUUGAAGAACUUUUAUUAAAUGGUAAACAACGUAUGAGUACAUUAUUAGUUAAAGUAUAUGAACGUUUAAUAAAAGCUGGCAAAGAUCCUCAAGUUCAUAGUUUACAAUCAAUAAAAGAAUCAUUUAAAUUAUUAGUUUCAGCACAAUUUUUACAAUGCAUUACAAUAAAUGAAACGAAAUCUAAUAUUUCUGAAGUAGUUGAAGAACCAUUAAGCAAUCUUGUACAAAUACCAGAAUUAACACAAGAAGGAUGGAAAUAUUUACUAUCAAGUCAACAAGAUGAAUCAAAUGAGCCAUCAACAAAAAAAUUUAAAUCAACUAAACCAAUAUUUGGUGAUGAAAAAAUUUUUUGGAAAGUUAAUUUUCAACGGUUUUUUGCUUAUUUACGUGAUCAAGAACUUAUACAAGCAUUUACAAAUCGAAUAGAUCAAAAUGCCGGUGAAAUCGUUCGAACAAUACUUCGUUUAGCUGAAGUAAAACCAAAUUCAGAACGAACUAUACCAAUAUCAUUUAUUGAAAUUGCCAAAACGAUAUCAACAACUGGUUUACAAAUGAAUGAAGACUUAUUACAAAAAUAUAUAAAUGCUAUUAUGGGUGAUGUAAAUAAUUGUUUUAUAAAAGUUGGUGAUCAAGGAAGAGGAACUUAUAUUGUGGAUUUUCAAAAAGCAUUGAGUGGAUUAACUAAAGCUCAUAUUCAAUCAUUUUUAAGAGAAAGAUUUGGUUCAAAUGCAUUAAGAAUUUAUAAUAUGCUUGAAGAACGUGGUUGUUUAUCACAAAAACAAAUUGAAGAUAUGGCUAUGAUCAAUGCAAAAGAAGCACAACAAUAUGUUUAUUCAAUGUUUAUUGAUGGAAUGUUAACAUUAGAAGAAUUAUCAAAAGCAAAUGAUUUUAAUCCAACUCGAACAUUUUAUUUCUUUCGUGUAAAUUUAUACAAUGGUGUUUUAUCAUUACUUGAUCAUUCUUAUAAAACAAUGUCAAAUUUAAUGCAAAGACAUCAAUAUGAAAGAGAACGUCAUAGGAAAUUAAUUGAUAAACGUGAUAAAGUUGAUGCUAUUAUUCAUACACUUCGAGAACAAAAUGCUGAAGAAGAACAAAUUAAAGAAGUAGAAGAUAUAUUAUCACCUAUGGAAAAAGCACAAAUACAAAAACUUGAUGCUGCUUUUAGAAAAAUUGAUCUUGCUCAACUUCAACUUACAGAAACAAUUCUACUACUUGAAAUGUAUUUAUCAAUAUCGAACAGUACUGUACCUGUGCAGAAAAAAACUGGUGGUAAAGCCGUUGCUGAAAAAUUAUUAGAAACAAUCUCACAACGAUGA